GUGUUUUCUAAUGAAAUGUGUUUUAAAAAUAUUUUAAAAAUUAAUAAUUGAUUUUAGUUUUAUAUAUUAAAAACAAAAUUAUCAUUACUUGAUAUCAUGGAAGCGCUUCUCAUGUCUAGUAAUAUCUCGAAGACAACGAAAUCAAGUUAUUUAAGAGUUUGCCAAAAGUGUAUCAAUGCUUACAAUUGCAUUCAAAUGAGACAAUCGCGACAAUCGAUGGCCAAACACAAGCAGAUUAUGAAAUUGAAGAGAGAUUUUAUUAUUGAAAGAGACGACAGAAAGGAAAGACCAUUGAUAUCAACUGUUUUUGAAAGUCCUAUUUCUUAUGUCAAUCCAAUGGAUGGCAAACUGAAGACAUCACUAACCGUUGAUAUUCUUGGAAGAGAAACAUUUCCACAAUUGACAGAAUGGCGUAAAAAACAACUGAUUUCAAGACAAAGAAGAAUACUUCCUUUGCCGGUAUCUCUGACUGGUUUGGGUGACGGCGAUAGACCUAGAUUUUGGACACAAGCCAUCAAAAGAUCUGCACUUAUAUUAAGUGAAAAUAAGUCACAACUGACACUAUAUGAAGCCAUUCCUCUAUCUUUAAGACUUUAUUUUGACAAUUUUGCCGAUAAAAUACCCAAACAAUGGUCUUUAGUUUACGAGAAUUAUAUGAAAUCAAAAGAUAAGUAUUUACAGGAAAAAUCUGAAACCGAUAUAAACUCAGAAAGUGAUAAAAUUCUUCGUUUUCCGUAUGAAUUGAUUUCAUAUGUUAAACAACAGAAUAAUAUUGAGAAACGAAAGAAAUCUAUGGAUGAAAACAAUAAUUUGUUAGAAGAAUAUCCUCGACUUGAGAACAGUCUUAUAGAUAAAGAAUAUGAUAAUUAUCUCAAACAUCACCACUUAAUGCAAUACUUUGCUACUAAUAUGAAAGACAUUAAACAGGAUGAAUAUGAAGCAGAAAUUGAAGGCUGGAGUAACCAGUUUUGGCUCAGGAAUUACGGAACACCUGAUCCCAAAGCCAAGCCUUCUGACAUUGAAUGUAGCGGUUGUGGGGCUCAUCUUCAUUGUAAUGCCACUAAUAUUCCCGGAUAUAUGCCGUCCGAGAAAUUUAAAAAUCUUAGUCAAAGACAGCUUAAAGAAGAUAAAUGUCAGAGAUGUGAAUAUUUAACACAUUUUAAUGUUGCACUAAAUGUUAAUGUUUCGAGUGAUCUCUAUCCGCAACUGAUGGCUAAAAUUGAAAUGAAAAAGGCAUUAAUAGUGAUUAUGGUUGAUAUAUUAGAUUUCCCGUGUAGUAUAUGGCCGGGUAUUAUCAAUUUAAUUGGUAAUAAUCAUAAAAUAUAUAUUGUGGGCAAUAAAGUAGAUUUGCUUCCAAAAGAUAAUGAUUUAUAUCUUGAAAAUGCUUUGAAUUCUUUAAAAAAGAGUUUAAACUUAAUGGCAAUCAACAAAAGUGUCAGAAUUAUUGAUUAUAGUCUUAUUAGUGCCAAAACAGGGUUUGGUGUCGAGCACCUCAUCACUCGUUUAAUGAGAGAUCGCAUAGAAGGUGAAGACAUUUAUUUGAUUGGUUGCACUAAUGUUGGAAAGUCUACACUAUUUAACUCAUUAAUGCAAUCAGAUUUAUGCAAACUUCGCGAUUUAGAUCUAAUAAAUAGAGCGACAACUUCAUUAUGGCCGGGAACUACUCUCAAUCUUCUCAAGUUUCCUAUCCGAGCACCGACUGGUUGGGAAUUACAGCUUAGACUUAAUCGACUCGCAGUACUUGAAAGACAUGAUAUCAAGGAAAAGAAGAUGAGAUGGAGUUUAUAUAAACAAACAGGUGAUACAACUUAUGCCACACUUUCCAGUAGAAUAGGAAUGACAUAUAGAACUCAAAUACCAUUUACUGUCCAAAGUGGACAUCCAUUUGCCAGAAAAACUCAAACACCCAAACCAUUUGAUUCAAAGAGUGAAUACUUUAAGAAUUGUAAUUUUUUUCACGACACUCCCGGAACUAUAUAUAAGGAUCAGUUGUUAACUUUAUUAACAACAGAAGAACUUCUCAAAACAAUUCCACGAGAGAUAAUAACUCCGCGAACUUUUUCAUUAAGACCUCUUCAAAGUUUAUUUAUCGGUGGUUUGGCCAGAAUUGAUGUAAUGCACGCCCGACAACACAUUUGGUUAACUGUUUUUGCUUCUCAUUAUUUACCCAUUCAUGUGGUCCAUACAGAAGAAGCCAAAAGAUUUUAUGAUAUUUAUUUAGGAACAGAUAUGUUAGGAGUUCCUAAAGGAGACUUUGAGCGUAUUCAGCAAUGGCCUAAAAUGUUACCCAAAGAGUUUGUUUUAGAUGGUAAGGGUUGGCAACAAAGUUGUGCUGACAUAAUACUAUCAACUGCUGGAUGGGUAGCCGUUACCUUUGGUCAUAACAAUCGUUGUGUACUCAAAGCAUUUACACCUGAAGGCAGAGGUAUUUAUAUGCGAAACCCACCCCUACUUUCUCAGGGUUUCAAACUAAGAGGAAAGAGGAUCUUAGGAACGCCUUGUUUUGAAAAUAAAUUGUUUACAAUCGAUGACUUACCCAUUGAAGACAAUAAACAUAUUAAGAAAUUAAUUAAAAAUCGUGAAAUCAGACAUAUAAGUCAGCAUAGAUUUGACAAUCUUGUUAUAUAACUAUUAAUUUUAUUAAAUUUAAAAU